GCUGCCGCGAAUGACCGAGCAGGGAAGGAAGCCAGAGAACUCACCGAGAUCGAAGCACUGGGAAACUGGGAAACCUUGAGAGGGAGACGCGCUACCGACCUUUAACGUUUUCACUAUUUCUUUUUCACUCUCUCCUUCUCUCUCUCUCUCUCUCCGUUAGAAUCGAAUUUUCCGCGGAUCGAUCUUUCAGAGACGAUGGGCCAGGCGAGCGCAGGCAGGUGUCUCGAUUCGAGAGCGAGCGCGAGAAUUAACGGUACCGUUUGAAACGGCGUUCUUUUGCCGAGCCCGCGACGACGACGACGGCCGGAAACACUCGCGGCGAAGACACCGAACGGAAAGUGUACCGCGGGGGUUAAUCGGCCUACUUUUUUUUUCUCUUCUUCGUCUGUCGCGAAUUUUUCGGACGAUCUCGAAUUCCAGAGUCCUCCGGCGAGAAAUCCCCGGGGCUUUCUCCUUUUCCUCGACCGCCUACCUGGAUUAUUGUACUCUGACUCGCUCUUCUUUUUUUUUUGUUCCUCUCGAUCGUACGCACAGGAUGGAUAAACAAUAUAGUCAAGGUGAUUUCUUUUUUUAGCCGGACCGUUCCGUAUUCUUUUUUUCCGGUUGCAUAUGUGUUGUAUGUACAUAUAUACAUGAAUGUAUCUUAUACGGGGCGCCAACAGACGUCAAUGCCUCGGAUUGAAAAGAGAAAGAUAUCUACUCUGUUGGGACUCCGCUUGUCUUUUUUUUUUUUGUAGAUACAGGAUGUACUCUAGACAAUUCAAGGAUUUCGCGAGGCGACACACGUCGGGGCUGUUUACACGGAGAAUACGCCCGUCCGGGGAAUACGUUUUUUUUUUUUUUAAUCGCGAGGAGUCGCGCGGCGUCGAUCGUUUACCGAGGUAUUCGUCGGCUCUGACUCAUUGGAAAUUUGCUAAUGAAGCUAUUAAAAGAAAUAACGAGAGAGAGAGAGAGAGAGAGAGAGAGAAAAAAAGAGUCUCCUCACACGCGCACGGUAUGAAAAAAUAAUUAUGCUUGUCACGAUUGCGUAUUGUUCAUGUAAAUGCAAAUCUACACGGAGAUGUAUUUUUCAUGUCAACGGCGAUAUUUUGCCCAAGUUGACUAACGAAGUAUGUUUCCUUCCUUUCUUCCCAGACGAAUUUCGCGAUGACGCUGGUCUACGUGCCGUGCCGCUACCAGCAGUGGCCAGCAGCGGCGAGGUUGCUUAGCGACGAAGCGAAUCAACAAACCGUAGCCGAAUGAUCCGAGAUCAUUGACAGCCGCCGCCGCAGGCUCAUUCAGCGUGUUUUCCGCAGUUCCGAUUCUGUUUUACAGCAAAUAAUCGAGUCGAGGUGUAACAACAAUCAGUCCGUCGCGUGAUAUAUCGCGCGGAGGCCUCGGGGAUGACGUCCGAGAAGGAGAGGAUGAGGAUAGCGGCGAGCUACAGAGUGAACGAACCGAUACAGAAUUUGAAGAUAAGAGUGCGAGUCGUGCAGGAGAGGACUCCGCUGGCCAAGUUGCUGGCCGAGGAGUCCGAGGAGGCUGAUGAGACCAGAGACUCCAAUUUCUUGGAGGAGGAGGACCAUAUUUUUAGCUGGCAAGAUAAGGUGUUCAGCCUGUUCGAGAUCGAUUUCUAUGCGGACGAGAAGAAUUGCCUGACCGAAUGUCAACGAGAGUACCAUCGGCGUAUACGUGACGAACAGUUGCAGGGUGCACGUUUGUACUCGUACACGGAGAAUGACACUUACUAUGCCGAUGACGAUCUCUUGACGAUGCCUUACAGGUCGUACCUGUCCGUGAAAAAUCAGACGGCGUUGCCGGCCAUGCGGAAUCGCAAGUCUUUCCAGGAUCGGUAUAACAAGAACGUGGUGGACGACAGGAGCACGGAUACCAAGAUCCGAUCGAAUCAUUAUCUCUAUACCGAAUGCACCACCAUGCACGUGAUGGCCGAUCUGUCGCGCAAGGACGAGCCCGUGGCCACCAGCAGCGGGUCGACGGACUCGGAAACGUUGCUCUGCACCGUGACAUACGACAAGGCGCGCAAGCUGCUGACGAUUAGCCCCGAUUUCACGAUCGACGACAAGCACGAACGGCAUUACGGCGUCACCAACGGUUAUGGCGUCAGGUUUAAUUAUCGGAUCGAGCAUGUCUCCGAGGUGCGAACGCCCCUGGAAUUGCAGGAGCACCUCGAGGACGCGCGGCGUGAAGUACAACAGCAACUUGCCUAUAAGGAAGUGGAAUUGUAUAAGGAGUUACAAUUGCCACCGGCGGGUUUAUCUACGCUGUUUAUAAGCUUAGAUAUUGCAUCAGCUCAUAAUUUCUCUUACGAUGGAUUGUUCGUUACCUAUUUCAUCGAUUUGCCGCAACAUUGGAGUACAAAACAGAAAGAGAGAUUAUUCGGUAGAACUCAGAAAUGCCUUUUGGAAAAGAGAACGGCGCAUUUCAGUUAUUGUACAGACAUAUCCUUGCAUUAUCCAUCAAAUGAAUUUCAACAAUUAAACGACAAUGUAUCGACACAUUGGCCACGUUUCUUGUUCUCCGCAGCAUCUCUGGAUAGUUGGACCAGGUAUCGAAUAGAGGGUUACGCAGCAUUGUCAAUACCAAUGACACCUGGUAGAUACGAAUUUACAAUUCCUACGUGGCGUGCGAAAGGAAGUAUUGUUGAUACAUUGAGACGUUUUUUUGUCGGUGGUUCUUACGAGCUUGAAGAUAUGACAUAUUGCGGUAUUCCAAUGAGUCACGAGGGUAAAGUUUUAGAUAAAUCAAACUUGAAGGUUGUACCGAGUGGGGAUAUUAAAAUUUAUAUGAAUAUAAUACUUCAAGAUGGUACAUAUACAAAAUAUUCCAAUUAUCAGCGAGAUGAUUCGGAUAAAGUGAGCACCGAUACACUUGUGCAUAAUGUUGAAAAUGUUCUUGAACAAUUUAAAAUCGCUAAAGAACGCAUGCUACGAAUAAGAGCAAUAAAUUCUUAGAGAAAAAUUAUUCUAAUAAUAAUUAAAAGUACUGAUUAAUAAAAUUAUUGUUUGUCAAAACUCAACUUUAUCACAACCCAUACAGCACACAUAUUUCAGAAAACUUUUUGAAAAAUAUCGAAAAGAUAUCUUCUGUCAGAUAUCUUUCAGAAACCUUGUUGUGCUGUAUGGCCUUUUUACUUAAAAAAUAAUAUUUUUAAAGUAAUAUAUAUUGUAAGUAAAAGAAAGUUAUAAAUUUAUACAAAAAAGAGAAUUUUAUAUUUAUA